AUGGGUAACAGCAAAAGUGGGGCUGUGUCCAAGGAGAUCCUGGAGGACCUGAAGCUUAACACCAAGUUCACAGAGAUUGAGAUUGUCCAGUGGUACGAAAACUUCAAGAAGCAGUGUCCAACAGGCCGCAUCACAAAAGAGGAGUUCCAGACCAUCUACACCAAAUUCUUCCCAGACAGCGAAGCCAAUUCAUACGCCCAACAUGUCUUCCGCUCCUUUGACACAAAUGAUGAUGGCACACUGGACUUCAAGGAGUAUAUUAUUGCCCUCCACUUGACGUCAACGGGGAAGACUGACAGGAAACUGGAAUGGGCAUUCUCUCUGUUUGAUGUAGAUAAGAACGGAUACAUCACCAAGUCAGAGGUCACAGAAAUUUGCGCGGCAAUUUUCAAGCUGAUUCCUGCAGAUGAUGUGGAAAGUCUGCCUGAUGAUGAAAACACACCCGAGAAGAGGGCAGAAAAACUAUGGCACUUCUUUGAUAAGGGGGACAACGAACGAGUGGCAGAAGGAGAGUUCAUCCAGGGAGUGAUGGAAAAUGAGGGAGCCAUUCGUUUGAUUCAGUUCGAACCGGGAAAGUAA